CAACUAUGCGGUUACGCUACAUAACAACAUGGCUGCGCCCUUGAAUUCUUGUCGUCACAUUUUGGUCAAGCAGCUUUUGCAGCCGUUUUCACGGUCUAAGGCUGUGGCUAGUUACCAAUCAGCAAGAUGGCUUCAUCUUCAGGAAUACCAGAGCAAAAUGCUUAUGAAAGAACAUGAGAUCGAUGUCCAGAACUUUGAAGUUGUUGACAACCAUUGGGAUGCUAAACAUGUGCCAGAAAGAUUGAAGGCAAGCGAGUAUGUGAUCAAGGCCCAGAUUCUAGCUGGUGGCAGAGGAAAAGGAACAUUCUCCAAUGGCUUCAAGGGUGGUGUUAAACUCACAAAAAACACGAAUGAAAUUGAAGGUCUGGUAGAAAACAUGGUUGGACACAGACUUGUAACAAAACAGACGCCACCAAACGGUGUGCUCGUGAAGAAAGUGAUGGUUGCUGAGGCUCUGGACAUUGCAAGGGAAACGUACCUUGCAAUCCUACUGGACCGCAGUUAUAGUGGACCGGUGAUUGUUGGUAGUAGCCAGGGUGGGAUGGAUAUUGAAGAAGUAGCUGAGAAAAACCCAGAUGCCAUAUUUAAGGAGCCCAUCGAUAUCAUGGAAGGGUUGAGCCCGGAAGUUGCCCGUCGAGUGGCUAAAAAACUUGGCUUCACAGGGAAACAGGCAGAGAGUGCUUCCGAACAAGUCCAGAAGCUCUAUAAGAUGUUUAUUGAUGUUGACGCCACACAAAUUGAGAUCAAUCCGUUUGCUGAAACACCGUGUGGUCGAGUUCUAUGUUUUGAUGCAAAGAUCAACUUUGACGACAACGCACAGUAUCGUCAAAAGGAUAUAUUUGCGAUGGACGACUUGUCGGAGCUUGACCCUCGCGAGAGAGAGGCUGAGGAACACCACCUUAACUACAUCGGCCUUGAGGGAAACAUUGGAUGUCUCGUGAAUGGUGCUGGGCUUGCGAUGGCCACAAUGGACAUCAUCAAGCUUCAUGGUGGAGAGCCGGCCAACUUCCUGGACGUCGGGGGCGGAGUAACAGAGAAACAAGUCUACGAAGCAUUCCAUAUUCUUACUGCUGAUGUUCAUGUGAAGUCAAUCUUGAUCAAUGUGUUCGGGGGCAUUGUAAACUGUGAGACGAUGGCCAAUGGAAUCAUCAAGGCGUACAGUGACGCUCACAUGAAUGUACCAAUGGUCGUCAGACUCGAAGGUCAGAAUGCCACAUCUGCUUUGAAAAUAUUGAAAGACAGCGGUCUCAACAUCAUUACUGCCUCGGAUAUGGCUGACGCAGCAGAGAAAGUGGUGGCAACGCUCCCGAAAUCUUGAUUUGAUGCAUCAUUUAGGCGUGUUUAAAUGUUUGUAUCCAAAGAUUGACUGCUUUAUGUAUAUGGAUCCCUGAAUUGUGUAUAAUAGAUUAAUGAUCAGGUUGAUAUGGAAUUGUCUGUGAUAAAAUAAAGUUAAUAGUACCGUUACAUUUUUGAGCUUGAUUUUGGCUAAUAAAUUUGUAAAAUUAAUUUAAAAAGAAGUAUGGUACAUGUUCUGUAAAAUUCCAUGUUAGAAAUACAUCCAGGAUAUCACCUAACUAGUCCUUCAAUAACAAUAACAAUUUAUUAAACUUGUUUUUCUAAAAUUUUAAUUACCAAGUUUAUUACAUUUUGUAUUCAAUGACCACGAAUGUGAUAUUCCAUUUUUUUCAUAAAUAUGUAUAUAUAAUGUGGAUAGCAUUAUGCCAUUAAAUGUCACUAUAUAUUGCAUGGAAUUUUACAACACAAUUCAUUUCUGAUGUCAAGUCAAAAGUUAUUACACUAAUCAUAUAUAUAAAAUAUAUUUAAAUAUGAUAAUUAUUUAAAUAUGAUACUAGUAAUUAAUUUCAUGAUGGCGACUUACAUGUAGUUAUAAUAUGAAUUUACCAUGUGGUGAUUUGUAAAUACAUUUUGUUCAUGAACUUAAAAUAAAGAUAAUCUACAAGGUAUGAUAAUCAGAUAAUAUUCUUUGCUGUAGUGCUUGUAAUCUAAUGCUGGUAGAAAUUUUGCUAGGUUACAAUCAAAGUUUACAUCACUGGGCCAUUUGUUCAGAACUGUAUUUCAGUUAACAAGUCAAUUUCUUAGAGGGAACAUAACCUGGAACAUUACCCUAAACAGAUUGCCUCAGUUUUGGUUAAAAAUAUAUUUUAUAUUUCAUAGUGUAUAUGUUUGUAUGAUUCAUAUUUGAAAUCUUUGGGAGGUGACGUAUGCGAAUAAUAUUUCAUUUGUAAAAAAAUGCUAGAAAAAAUGUAUGUUCAUUGUUGAUUGGUGGAAUUUGGUGACAGUUUAAAAUUUACUAUUUUUACAAAAAAUCAGGUGACGGAUUUAAAACCUAGUUAAGUAUUAAUUUUAUUUAUGUAUCGAAUCGUUAUAUAUGACAGUUAAUUUUGAAUCCUGCGAAAAUGGUCAAAACCAACAUUUCACAAUAAGAUACCACAUGUAAUUAAAACACUCUACUCAAUCUAUUGUAAGUUACCUAGAAAUAUAUCUGGGUUGGUAUUCAAUUAAAUUGGAUCUAAGAACGAUGUAGCUAAUCAUAUUACUUGUUAUUUAUAACUGACCAAUGGAGUGGAUGAAGUCAAUAAUGUAUGACAAUAUGAUUAACUUAAGAUGAAUAUUGAACACCAGACCUGAGAUGGAAAAUGGAGAGCAGAAUUUUAUGUAUAACCACUUUUCAUAUCAAGGAUAAGUCUAGUCAUAAUUAUGUAGUAUUCUAUCACGAUGAAAUAGAUGAGGGUAUAAAAGGUCGUUUGCUUCUUAUUGGAAAGAAGAAAUAAUAAUUAUUUUCUCAUUGACUGAUAAGUUACCAACAGUAUGUCACGUGUUGCUAAAUUGAAAAUGGACAAAGAAAUUGGGGGGGAAAAUACAAUGGAUGUUGGGACCAAGAGGGCCAAUUCAAAAAAGGAUAUAAGUCGUUAAAUCAAUUAUCUUAAAUCUGUUCUAAUGUUCCAAAUGGCUAUUUUCUCAACUUUGUGUUCAUUUUUUAAUACUUGCUGAAGUUAAAUUGACUCAAACAUGUAGCAAAAUAACGAAAAUAUGUCAAGAAGAUCAUUUUAAUUUACGAGUAAAAUCGACUAAUAUCUUGACUGAAUCGGCUUCCAGUACUGUUCUUUUUUCAGAUUUUAUCUCACAUAUUUCUACUUUAUGAAGAAUUCAAUGAAGAAUCUUGUACUAAAGAUGGACUCUCAAAGAUUGACCGAUUUGACAAGUUUUUUCAUUUUUUGUCUCCAAAUCAGCUGAUUUAGGCUGAUUUUUGUUUCCAAUCAGUCAUAUAGGAUAACACACAAUGGAACAGAUCUCAAUUGUUUGGAAAACUGCCAAAAUGAAAUUUCUUAAAGCGUUUUUAAGGCUUUUAGUCAUAAAAUAUCAAUUUUCGAGCGUAAUUAUUAAAAAAUGUGAUCUGAUCUUAAAUGACCGGUUUUCAGACAUUUACAAAAAAAUUGGCUCAUUCCAAGAUAAAAAAUUACAAAGUUGUCAAUACAGUCAAUACGUGAUAGUGAAGCUUUCAAGAAAUCAUGUAAUAAAGAACAUACUUUACUGUUACAGAGACAUUUGUGUACUGUUUAUACUGAGUUUAUUAAAGCUCUUGUCAUUUUAAGAUGUUCACUUUUUUUGGAUAUUUUUAUUCAAAUUUUGUGUAUUGUUUUUUUGUGCUGAAAAGUUUAUUCUAUUUCAAAUCACAAUAUUGGGACACAUGAACUUUGAUAAAGGUGCAAGUAUUGAAUGCAGCACUAUUUAAGCUAUUCAGAAGAUAUUGUUAUUUUGUAUUACAGGGUUAUUGCGGAAGUUUGCAGAAUUUUAUUUUAAAACUAUAGAAAUAAUGCCUUUCACAAAUGUUAAGAUUUUACCUUAGACAAGUGCACAUACACUGUAUGUGUUGUCAUGGAUACAAGAAAUCUCUAGAUGUAUGGUUUGAUAAUUUUCAUUAUAUUUUUAUCAUCAACGAAGAUUACAUUAAACUUCUUUUGAACAAGUUUACAAACAUUUUCAACAACAAUUGUUUGUUUUUGUUUUUAUGUUGAAAUUCAGCAAACCUCAGGGACAACCCUCGUUUGUACCAUUUUUCAAAUUUCCCAUUUUGUCACUUUACUUAUAUAUCUAUUACUAUUUAAAGUGCAUGAAGAUAAUUAUACUUUGUAUUUCUUUUCAUGGGAGGAACUGUUUAUUAGUCCCACCUUUUAGUACAUUGUAAUUUUCAAGACCUGUUCAGAAUUGUAUUUGCAAUAAUCAAUAAAAUAUUUGUUUGUUACAUAAAUAUCAAUAUCAUGAACAUCUUCAUAAGCUCUGACAUCACAACUCAAAGCUACAAACAUAUACAUGUAAUUAUGCAUUAUCAUGUUUUGUAAAACACCAUGGUUGUACGAAAUUGGUUGUAUUGAAUUGAUGUCAUUAUAAAUCAAAUACAGCAUACUGUUUCACAAUCCAACAAAUUUGUAACCGAUGAUUUUUGUAUUAAUUAUGCAAUAAAUAUGCUAGAUAGUA